GACAGACAGAAUUCCUAAGGUUUUUUUUUUAUAUAUCUUUCCUCUCUCCAAAAAACAGUUAGCUGAACCGUUUGGACACAGAAGAGAAAGUUUGGUCAACAAUGGAAGACAACCUUACGAAACAUUUAUUCAUCAGACAUUCUUUGCAGCCAGGUCAAUGACGCACGAAAAGCUGACCGGUGAUUGGCUGAUUCAGAUCACACCCCCGAGUUGAAAGGUCACCUCCUUCCUGCGCGCAGCCUAGCAGCCAUGGCGUCGUACACAGUCAGUGGAGCUCUGCAAAGAGUUUUAUUUGGGUUGCAGCGUGUCUCCUUCAAGUCAAGGUGUCAUGUCAACACUACAGUUUCACAGUACUCCACAGUAUAUGACUCCAAUGAAAAGACUUUUGACAAGAUUCUUAUUGCAAACAGGGGGGAAAUUGCUUGCAGGGUAAUGAAAACCUGUAAAAAGAUGGGCAUCAAAACUGUUGCAGUACAUAGCGAUGUGGACUCCAGUGCAGUGCACGUGAAGAUGGCAGACGAAGCCGUCUGCGUCGGCCCCGCUCCCACCAACAAAAGCUACCUCAACAUGGACGCUAUCAUGAAAGCCAUCAAGCAGACGGGAGCCCAAGCUGUGCAUCCGGGUUAUGGAUUCCUGUCAGAAAACAAAGAGUUCGCUCGUCGACUGGCAGCAGAAGGUGUCACCUUCAUUGGACCAGACACACACGCUAUUCAAGCCAUGGGAGACAAGAUUGAGAGCAAAUUAAUUGCCAAGAAAGCCAAGGUCAACACUAUUCCCGGCUUUGAUGGGGUGGUGAAGGAUGCAGAAGAAGCGGUCAGGAUUGCGGGGGAAAUCGGCUACCCCGUCAUGAUCAAGGCGUCAGCAGGUGGCGGGGGGAAAGGCAUGAGGAUCGCCUGGAAUGAUGAAGAAACCAGGGAAGGAUUUCGCUUUUCAUCGCAAGAAGCCGCUUCAAGUUUUGGUGAUGACCGACUCCUUAUUGAGAAGUUCAUAGAUAACCCACGGCACAUAGAAAUACAGGUUCUAGCUGACAAGCACGGCAAUGCCCUGUGGCUAAAUGAGAGGGAAUGCUCCAUUCAGAGGCGCAAUCAGAAGGUGGUGGAAGAGGCUCCAAGCACGUUCCUGGACCCCGAGACGAGGCAAGCGAUGGGUGAACAAGCCGUGUCGCUGGCCAAGGCCGUGCAGUACUCCUCCGCCGGUACCGUGGAGUUUCUGGUGGACUCAAGAAAAAACUUCUACUUCCUGGAGAUGAACACUCGCCUGCAGGUUGAACACCCCAUCACCGAAUGCAUUACCGGCCUGGAUUUAGUCCAAGAAAUGAUUCGCGUUGCCAGUGGUUACACACUCCGACACAAGCAAGCAGAUAUUCCCAUCAAUGGUUGGGCCAUUGAGAGCAGAGUUUACGCUGAGGACCCUUACAAAUCCUUUGGCCUGCCUUCCAUUGGCCGUCUCUCCCAAUACCAGGAGCCCGUCAAUCUCCUCCAAGUCCGUGUUGACAGUGGGAUUCAGGAAGGGAGUGACAUCAGCAUUUACUAUGACCCAAUGAUCUCCAAAUUGGUUACAUAUGGCUCCACCCGCGCUGAAGCACUACAGAGAAUGGUGGAGGCUCUUGACAGUUAUGUCAUACAAGGAGUGACACACAAUAUUCCGCUGCUGCGAGAGGUGAUCACACACCCCCGCUUCAUCUCUGGAGACAUCAGCACAAAGUUCCUCCAAGAGGUGUACCCGGAAGGCUUCAAAGGUCACCAGCUGUCAGAUUCUGAGAGGAGGGAGCUGGUUGCCACUGCUGCUUCUGUCUUUGUGGUGGCACAGAUUCGCUCCCAGAGAUUCCUCGGGAACCUCAGAGUCUCCAGCUCCCAGCAGGAGCGGAGGAGGUGGGAACUGUCUGUGGAGUUGGAGAAGGGGGUCCACGCCGUCACUGUCUCCCACUCCGGAUCAGCCUGCACAGUGGAUCUUGAUGGAAAGAGGAUGGAUGUGUCCAGUGAGUGGAACCUGGCGUCUGCUUUGUUACCCGUCACCAUCAACGGCACCCAAAGGACCGUGCAGUGCCUUUCUCGUAAUGCAGCCGGAGAGAUAGAACUUCAGUAUUUCGGCACAUCGUAUAAGGUGCGGGUGCUGAGUAAGCUGGCAGCUGUCCUGAGUAAACACAUGCCCGAGAAGGUGCCAGAAGACACCAGCAGUAUCCUCCGCUCCCCCAUGCCCGGUUCCGUGGUGGCGGUGUCCGUCAUGCCCGGCGAUACGGUGGCUGAGGGCCAGGAGAUCUGUGUCAUAGAAGCCAUGAAGAUGCAGAACAGCAUGACUGCUUCCAAAACAGCCAAGGUUAAAAGUGUGCACUGUAAGGCAGGGGACACUGUUGGGGAAGGUGAUCUUCUUGUGGAGCUGGAAUAAGUGUUUUUAUUUGUUUUCUCUGUUGGAUGAGUGUGUUUCUCUGACUCGGAGUAAAUAAAGAAUUGGACUUUGUCAUAGCUGUGGAAACCA